AAAAUCGACGACCUCGAGGUGCUCUUUCCCUACAAUUACAUCUACCCGGAGCAGUUCAGCUACAUGUGCCAGCUGAAAAAGUGCCUCGACGCGCGGGGCCACGGCGUCCUGGAGAUGCCCUCGGGCACCGGAAAGACGAUCUCCCUGCUCGCUCUGAUCGUCGCCUACCAGCUGAAGCACCCGCUGAAGCUGAAGAAGCUGAUCUACUGCUCGCGAACCAUCCCGGAGAUUGAGAAGGUGGUGGAGGAGCUGCACAAGCUGAACAACUACAUCGCCGAGGAGAAUGGCGGCACGGAAAGCGGCAUCGUCGGCCUCUGUCUUACCUCGCGGAAGAACCUCUGCAUUCACCCACUGGCCAGUCGACAGAAGGACGGCAAGGCGGUGGACGGGAUGUGCUACAGUAUGACGGCUUCGCAUAAGAGGGCGAAGAACAGAGGCACUUCGAGAAACGGAAACGGAGAAGAAGGGGGAGACAUAGAAAGUGCAGGUGAAUCUCGGGACCUCGAAAAUUGCUGCACCUUCUACGAGCGCUUCGAAGAGGACGGCGGCGGCGAAUCGACCCUGCCCGCCGGCAUCUACAACAUCGACGACCUGAAGGCCUACGGCCGCCAGAAGGGCUGGUGCCCCUACUUCGCCGCCCGCCAGGCCCUUUCCUACGCGAACAUCGUCGUCUACAGCUACUACUACCUGCUCGACCCGAAGAUCGCCGAGCUGGUGAGCAAGGAGCUGACGAAGAACUCGGUGGUGGUCUUCGACGAGGCGCACAACAUCGACAACGUCUGCAUCGAGUCGAUGAGCGUCACCAUCAACCGCCGCCUGCUCGACAAGUGCUCCGCCAACAUUGACCAGCUGGAGACGGCCGUGGCGGGCAUCAAGUCGGCGGACGCCUCCAAGCUGGAGGCGGAGUACCACCGCCUGGUGGAGGGCCUCUACGAGGCGUCGCAGGCGAAGAAAGCGGACCUCUUCCUCGCCAACCCCGUCCUCCCGGCGGACAUCCUCACCGAAGCCGUGCCUGGAAACAUCCGCACCGCCGAGCACUUUAUCCGCUUUCUGAAGUACCUGCUGGAGUACGUCAAGUCGCGGCUGCGUGUGCAGCACGUCACCACGGAGAGUCCGGCCGCCUUCCUCAAGCACAUCUACGACCGAAUGGCCAUUGAGCGGAAGCCGCUCCGGUUCUGCGCCGAGCGCCUCCGCUCGAUGAUCCGGACGCUGGAGGUGAACAACAUCACCGACUUUACGCCGCUGACGCUGCUGUGCAACUUUGCCACGCUGGUCAGCACCUACCUUCGAGGUUUUACGCUCAUCAUUGAGCCCUUUGAGGAUCGGACGCCGAAUGUGCCCAAUCCGGUGCUGCACUUUAGCUGCCUCGAUGCGAGCAUCGCCAUCAAGCCCAUCUUUGAGCGCUUUCAAACGGUGGUGAUCACCUCGGGCACGCUCAGUCCGCUGGAGAUGUACCCUAAGAUGCUCGACUUCACGCCCGUAGUGGCGGCCACCUUCACAAUGACCCUCAGCCGGCAGUGCAUCCUCCCGCUCAUAGUCACGAAGGGCAACGACCAGGUGCCGAUGACGUCGAAGUUUGAGUCCCGAAACGACGCCUCCGUCAUCCGCAACUACGGCGCCCUGCUGGUGGAGCUCUCCGCCGUGGUGCCGGAUGGCAUCGUCUGCUUCUUCACCAGCUACCUCUACAUGGAGCAGAUCAUCGCCAGCUGGUACGAGCAGGGCAUCAUCGACUCGGUGCAGAAGAACAAGCUGCUCUUCAUUGAGACGCAGGACGCCGCGGAGACCAGUCUGGCGCUGUACAACUACGUCAAGGCCUGUGAGAAUGGCCGAGGGGCGGUCCUCCUCUCGGUGGCCCGCGGCAAGGUCAGCGAGGGCAUCGACUUUGACCACCACCUGGGGCGGUGUGUGGUGAUGUUCGGCAUCCCGUACGUGUACACGCAGUCCCGUAUACUGAAGGCCCGGCUGGAGUACCUGGCUGAGCACUACCAGGUCCGGGAGAAUGACUUUCUCACCUUUGAUGCGAUGCGCCACGCGGCGCAGUGUGUUGGCCGGGCGGUGCGAGGAAAGACCGACUAUGGCAUUAUGUGCUUUGCUGAUAAGCGUUUUUCCCGUGAUGACAAGAUGCGCAAGCUGCCGAAGUGGAUCCAGGAGAAUAUGAGCAAGGCGGUGCUCAAUCUGAGCAUUGAGGAGGCGGUGCAGAUCUCGAAGAAGUUUCUCCGGCAGAUGGCUCAGCCCUUUUCCAAGGACGACCAGCUAGGGUUGUCGCUGCUCACGCUGGAGCAGCUCAAGGAUGAGACCCGGCAGAAGAAGAUUGCGGCAAAGGUGGAGCUGCUCAAGUAG